GCUAAGCGAAAUCCGCAGGCGUACCAACAAAACACGAACGAAGCCUCCUGCGGCCUGUGGUUUCAUGUUUUCACAUUGUGCGAGUGUCGUAGAAGGCGGCCGGUAAAGAUGCCGCGAGCGACCAGCGGUUGUAGCUAGCCUAAACCUCAGAAUGCUGGGCCCAGCGGCUGCUGUGGCGCUGCUUUGGGCGUGCUUAGUGCAGCCGACGCCAGCGCAGCUGAUCAUCAACGUGCGCAACGCGGGAGGCGACUUACUCCGUGAACGGCUGCUAGCCAACACCAGCGACGAGACCAUCACUCUCGAGUUCCAAAGGGCUGAUGGCACGCACGUUACCCAGCUCAUCGACUUCCGCACGGAGGUGCAGGUGUUCCGGGUGGUGGUCCUGGCCGAAGAAGAGCAAGGCCACAGGGAGCCUCAGGUCCUGUGCUUCCUCAUCCGCUUCAACCGCCUGGGCUUCAUCUCAGUUGACGCCAUGUCCAAGUUGCGGCAGCGUAACCCAUUGGCCGAGCGAGAGCCUGAGGAUGACCGUGGCCGGGAGCUGGUGCAGUUAGACCUGAGUGUGGACCUGUCCCGUGCGGGGCUCAUUUCUCCACACGUAGCCACGCUGUGUGCCGAUGCCCCCCAGGCGACCUUUGCUCGACAGGGGGACAUGCAAGCAUGGGCUGCUUCGCCUGCACGCCAAGCAUCUGGCCAGGACCCACUUUUGCUGGCAACUGCUGUACGUCCUGCGCUAGGAGCAACGCAGGCAGCCGCAGGGUUGCGCUGUGGUUCCCUGCCUCACACAACGUCGGGUCCAUGCGGCUGCCAUCUGCAGCUGUGUGUUGCCUGGUUUCCAUGUGGCCUCAAGUGGUGCCGUGAUGCCCGCCGGGCCGCCUUCCGCUGCGGCAUUCGCUCUUGCCGCAAGUGCCGAGAAUUCCGCUUUCCUGUGACCGACCGCACGCAGUGCCUCUGGGAUGAUGCCUCUGCUUCCUGAUGGUUACUGGCUUCGCUUGCCCACCAUAACCGGCCUUAGAGGCACAGUGGUGGCGAGCAGGGUCUCUUGACAUUCCCAGCCUUAAUCGCGGCCGAGAUGCAGCUGGCAGAGUUUAACUGCUCUACAGUCGACUCUUGUUAAUUCAAGCUCGACCAUGAAUAUCACUUUUACAGUGAUAACUAAUCUAGACUCUCCCUCAGCUCAAAAUGGUGUAGUAGGCAUUGAGUGUGGUCAAAGUCAAUCACCCAGGUCGAUGUGCAGGCACAGCAGUGUUACGAGGCUAGCACAUUAUUUGCAUGGUCGUCACAAGGUCAACAUAUGGUCAUAAGUCUAAUACAGUAAAAGCUUGUUAAUUCAAAUUCGAAGGGUACCGUAAAAUUGUUCGAAUUAAGCGGAGUUUGAAUUAAGCCCGACCCUCAUAG